UGACACGCCGCCGGAUAAGGUUGUGGUACUCAACCAGCUUCUCGACCGCUCGUUCGCUAGCCCCUUCUCGUGUCCUCUCUCUACCUCUGAGCCGUUGCAUCGCAGCCCCAGUCUGCUCUUCUUCCUCCCCUGCCAAACUCCUUGCAGUACCGUGGUUAAUCAGUGUACAGCAAUGGCUGUGGCCUCCAUGGUUCACGCACCAUCUCUGCUGGCAGUCCAGGCCCUCCGCGGACAGAAGAAUGCUGCCAGCGCUAGGUGCUCACCAAGAGCGACGGCUUUCAGAGUCCGGGCAGCGAAGCUUCCUGCCGGAGUCCAGGUGCCAAGGGCGCAGCCUAAACUGAGCGAGCCGUUCCUGGGGUUCACCAAGACCGCGGAGGUAUGGAACUCCAGGGCCUGCAUGAUGGGCCUCAUCGGAACCUUCAUCGUGGAGCUGAUAUUGAACAAAGGUGUUCUCGAGAUAAUCGGUUUCGAAGUGGGAAAAGGCCUCGAUAUUCCAUUGUAAUCUGCUCUCCCAUCCCUGUAUAUGAGAUGUUGAUCCUCGGGAGAUAAGAGCCACAAGAAAACGUUACCAAUGGCUAUGCUAUGCAUCAUAGUAAAUAUGUGAUGGAGCUGUGAGCAUUCCAUUGCGCUUGCUAUUUUUCAUUCUACACUCGUCUUACCGAAGUGAUCGACAGAGUGAUCUUCAACACUCAACAAUAUUCUGCUGAGAUGGGUGAUAGUUCGUGCCGUUAAUAUGAAAACUUGUUCGUUGUUUUGAAAAGAAAAACUGAAGUUGUCCAUGUUUUGAAACGUAUGCUGACUUCUAAAUCAUAAUGAAGUGGUUCUGAUGCCAUGAUAUUCUGAA